GAAAAACUGGAUGAAUGAUCCAAACGGACUUUUGUAUGAUGAGGGUGUUUAUCACCUCUACUACCAGUACAAUCCUGGCGGUAAUACCUGGGGUGCAAUGUCCUGGGGCCAUGCAACGAGCGAGGACUUGCUGCAUUGGACUGAGCAGCCUAUUGCUCUGGAAGCCAGGGGGUACCCAGAUGAGAUCACCGAGAUGUUCUUCUCUGGAUCCGCCGUCGUUGACGAGGGCAAUACUAGCGGUUUUGGUGACAAUGGGACGGUUCCCUGGGUUGCCAUGUAUACAUCCUAUUACCCAACGGAGCAGACAUUGCCUAGCGGGAAGCUCGUCCGCGCAAACCAACAGGCCCAGUCUAUAGCCUAUAGCCUUGAUAAAGGGCUUACAUGGACCACAUAUGACGCCGCCAAUCCCGUUAUUUUGGACCCUCCUGCUCCGUACCAAGAUGAAUUCCCGGAGUUCCGGGAUCCCAAUGUCUUCUGGCAUGAGGGUACUGAACGAUGGGUUGCAGUCAUUAGUCUUGCAAAACUGCACAAGAUCCUUAUUUAUACGUCAGACGACCUCAAGGAGUGGGAGUUGGCCAGUGAGUUCGGUCCGGUCAACGCUGUUGGUGGUGUGUGGGAGUGCCCGAGUAUAUUCCCACUCCGUCUCGACGGCGGAAAUUCUGAGAAAUGGGUUCUUCUGCUUGGCCUUAACCCCGGCGGCCCUCCAGGAACUGUCGGGUCCGGCACGCAGUAUAUCGUGGGUAGUUUCAACGGCACCACGUUUACCGCAGAUCCCGACAGUGUCUAUGACGGGAGUGGUUCGACUGACCAGGAAGCAAACUGGCUCGACUGGGGCCCAGACUUCUACGCAGCGCUGGGGUGGAAUGGUCUACCUACCGCUGAGCGAACGGUUAUCGCGUGGAUGAAUAACUGGCAGUAUGGCGCUGCCAUUCCGACAGAUCCCUGGCGCAGUGCCAUGACAGUUCCUCGACGCCUUGCCCUGAAGACGAUCGGUGGCAAGGCCACGUUGGUUCAGCAGCCAGCGGGAGAGUGGAAAUCAAUCACUCCUGGUGGUAAUUCCACCACCUUCCCUCGCGUGGAUGGUGUUCGCGAGCUCGGCCGUAUCGGGAAGACGCUCGAGAUCGAUCUGACAUUCUCCAGUAGACAGGAAUCGUCGUCAGGUAACAGCUCCGAAUUUGGAAUUGUCGUUGCUGCAACCCAGGACUAUACCGAGCAAACGCGAGUCGGAUAUAAUUUCGGCACGCAAGAAGUUUUCAUUGACCGGUCCCAGUCUGGAGAGGUGUCCUUCGACGAUACCUUUGCAAGUACGUACUAUGCGCCUCUGUCUGCGCCAUCAAACGGGAUUAUUUCCUUGCGGGUCUAUGUGGACUGGUCUAGCGUCGAAGUCUUCGGGGGGCAGGGUGAAGCCACGAUCACCAGCCAGAUAUUCCCUUCUACUGAGGCUGUGUAUGGCCGACUCUUCUCUUCUGGCGGUGCAACGAGCAAUGUGACGCUGGGGGUGAAAGAAUUGCGUUCUACGUGGGAAUAGGGCCUUACAGCAAGUGUUACGGGCAACAAGAGCGGGACAUUUGAGCCACGAGUAGUGGCGGAAGAGUGACCAGUUAUUUUCCAUAGACGGAUUAGCACCGAAUUCGAGGACAAAUUGAAUACAGGAA